AUGUCCAAUAGUAGCUCCCUCAAUGAGUUCGUCCUAAUGGCAUUUGCAGACAGGCGGGAGCUGCAGCUCUUGCACUUCUCCCUCUUCCUGGCCAUCUACCUGGUUGCCUUCCUGGCCAACAGCCUCAUCAUCACAGCCAUAGUCUGCAACCACCGCCUGCACACCCCCAUGUACUUCUUCCUGCUCAACCUCUCUGUGCUCGAUCUGGGAUCCAUCUCCACCAUUAUCCCCAAAUCCAUGGCCAACUCCCUCUGGGACAACAGGACCAUUUCCUUUUUGGCAUGUGCUGUCCAGGUUUUCCUGUUGGUCUUCUUCUUUGGAGGGGAGUUUUCUCUCCUCACAGUCAUGGCCUAUGACCGCUUUGUGGCUAUCUGCAGACCCCUGCACUAUGGGAAUCUCCUGGGCAGCAGAGCUUGUGUCCAAAUGGCAGCAGCUGCCUGGGCGACUGGCUUUCUCUAUGCUCUCCUGCACACUGGGAACACAUUUUCCAUACCACUCUGCCAUGGCAGGGAGGUACAGCAGUUCUUCUGUGAGAUCCCCCAGAUCCUCAAGCUCUCCUGCUUACACUCCUACCUCAGGGAAGUCGGGGUUACCCUGGUUACUGCCUGUAUAGUCUUUGGUUGUUUCCUUUUCAUUGUGGUGUCCUAUGUGCAGAUCUUCCGAGCUGUGCUGAGGAUCCCCAGUGAGCAGGGCCACCACAAAGCCUUUUCCAUGUGCCUCCCGCACCUGGCUGUGGUCUCCCUUUUUGUCAGCACUGUCAUGGUUGCCUACCUGAAGCCGCCCUCUAUUUCCUCCCCAGUUAUGAAUCUAGUAGUGGCCGUUUUGUACUGA